AAAAACAGAGAGACACAGAUAGAGAGAGAGAGAGACAGAGAGAAGUGAACCAGACAGACAGUGUUUCUAUCUCCACUUUAUGAACAUUAUCACUAAAACCCUGAAGUGAGGAAGAGCGAAAGGUCCAGAGAGGAGACACGAGCUGCAAAAGCCGUGAGAAGAUGGUUGUCUCCACUCAGCUCAAACUCCUGCUGUGGAAGAACUUCACCUGCCGAAGGAGACAGACCAUCCAGCUGCUGAUUGAGAUCGUGUGGCCCCUCUUCAUCUUUUUCAUUUUGAUAUCCGUGCGUUUCCAUUAUCCUCCGUAUGAGCAGCAUGAAUGUCAUUUUCCCAACAAGGCCAUGCCAUCAGCUGGCACCUUGCCAUGGGUUCAAGGAAUCAUCUGCAACGCCAAUAACCCCUGCUUCAGAUACCCUACUCCUGGAGAGACCCCCGGUGUGGUGGGCAACUUCAAUGACUCCAUAAUCUCCCGGUUGUUUACUGACGCCAAGAAAAUCCUACUGUACAGCCAGAACGAUAAGAGUUUUGAAGGCUACAAGGGUCUCGUCCAAGCCCUGAAGAAACUCCAGAGCAAAACUGCAGGUUUUAAGUUGAAGGACUUCCUCCGUGAUAAUGAAACCCUGUCUGAGUUCCUGGAGCAGAACGCGACGCUGAGCAAACACACCGUGCAGCAGAUCGUGGAAGCCGACAUCAACCUGGAAAAAGUGCUGAUUAAAGGUUUCGGAGUGCAUCUGAGAGAUCUGUGCAACACCACGUCGCUGGAGGAGUUCGUCAGCAUCGCUGAUCGCAACGUGUCCCAGAUGACCCAGAAGAUCAUCUGUCAAGCGCCUGCUGAUUGGCUGAACAGUGCGGAGAACCACUUCCUGUCCAACCUUGACUUCCUGAAACCCAUACGGAAGGACGUCAGAUCCAACCCUAAAGUGGUCCAGGAUGUGUCUCUGGCCACCGAUACGCUCUUGGAGAGUCUGGGAUUGUUGGCUGUUGAGCUGAUAAGCAUGAAGAGUUGGAGUGACAUGCGGAACGAGAUCCUGUUCCUGACCGGAAACGUCACCCAUUCGCCCAAUCACGUGUACCAGGCCGUGUCACGCAUCGUGUGUGGACAUCCAGAGGGUGGCGGCUUAAAGAUCAAGUCUCUCAACUGGUACGAAGAUAACAACUACAAGGCUCUGUUCGGUAACCAUAACGACAGCGAGCCGGUAUCCGCCUACGACAACACGUCCACUCCAUACUGCAACAACAUGAUGAAGAAUUUGGAGUCGAGUCCAAUCUCACGGAUGAUCUGGAGAGCAUUGAAGCCUCUCCUCAUGGGGAAGAUCUUAUACACGCCUGAUUCACCUGCUACACGCAGGAUCAUACACGAGGUGAAUAAGACGUUCCAGGAGCUUGGUGUUCUGCGGGAUUUAGGAGGAAUGUGGGAGGAGAUGAGGGUGAAAGUCUGGGACUUCAUGGAGAACAGUGAGGAGAUGGACCUUGUGCGAACUCUGCUCCAGAAUAACGCCAGUGCUCAGUUCUUUAAUGCCAAGCUAAGAGAGACAGAGUGGCGAGUGGAGGACAUUUCACGUUUCUUGUCUAAAGCCUCCGAGGACACGCGGCCCUUGGGUACAGGGUACACCUGGAGAGACAUCUUUAACGAGACGGACCAGGCCAUUCUCACCAUCUCACGCUUCAUGGAGUGUGUGAACUUGGACAAGUUAGAGCCGGUAUUGACCGAGGAACGUCUGGUGAAAAAAUCCAUGCUACUGCUUGACAGCCGCAAGUUUUGGGCCGGAAUCGUGUUCCCGGACAUGCAAGCGGAUUCGUCCGAGCUUCCUACCAACGUCAAUUACAAGAUCCGAAUGGACAUCGACAACGUGGAGCGUACCAAUAAGAUCAAGGACGGGUAUUGGGAUCCUGGUCCUCGUGCUGACCCCUUUGAGGAUCUACGAUACAUCUGGGGAGGAUUUUCCUACCUACAGGAUGUUAUUGAACAUGGUAUAAUUCGAGCUCUGACAGGCAGCAAGGAAAAAACGGGAGUUUACAUCCAGCAGAUGCCGUAUCCGUGCUACGUGGAUGAUAUGUUCUUGCGUGUGAUGAGCCGCUCGAUGCCGCUCUUCAUGACCCUGGCCUGGAUGUACUCCGUGGCCAUCAUUAUUAAAGGCAUCGUGUACGAAAAAGAGGCGCGUCUCAAGGAGACCAUGCGGAUUAUGGGAUUGGAUAACGGUAUAUUGUGGCUGAGCUGGUUCAUUAGCAGCCUGAUCCCACUGCUCAUCAGCGCCGCCCUGUUAGUUCUUAUCCUGAAGAUGGGGAACCUUCUUCCCUACAGUGACCCGGGUGUGGUUUAUCUCUUCCUGGUUUCCUUCGCCAUAGUCACCAUCAUGCAGUGUUUUCUGAUCAGCACGCUAUUCUCUCGCGCCAACCUGGCGGCUGCCUGUGGGGGCAUCAUCUACUUCACCCUGUACCUGCCCUACGUCCUGUGUGUGGCCUGGCAAGACUACAUCGGUUUCGGGGCUAAAGUGGUCGCGAGCCUGUUAUCUCCGGUAGCGUUCGGGUUUGGAUGCGAGUACUUUGCACUGUUUGAGGAGCAGGGAGUGGGCAUUCAGUGGGAUAACUUGCUAUCCAGCCCCAUGCAGGAGGACAACUACAGCCUGACCACCUCCAUCUCACUCAUGCUAUUCGAUUCGGUUUUGUAUGCCAUCAUGACGUGGUACAUCGAGGCUGUCUUCCCAGGUCAGUAUGGGAUUCCCCGGCCGUGGUAUUUCCCCCUUACCAAAUCUUACUGGUGUGGAGAGAAAUGCGGCUGGACAACAGCUUCAUCCACAAACAAGAAAGAAAAUGCAGACGCGGUGUGCAUUGAGGAGGUAGCAUCUGAUCUGGAACCGGGUGUCUACAUCGAGAAUCUGGUGAAGGUGUACAGACAUGGCAAAAAGCUGGCAGUGGAUGACCUCACUUUGGGGUUCUACGAGAACCAGAUCACCUCCUUCUUGGGCCACAAUGGAGCAGGAAAGACCACCACCAUGUCUAUUCUGACUGGCCUGUUCCCUCCCACAUCUGGCACUGCUUACAUUCUGGGCAGAGACAUUCGUACAGAUCUAAGUGCCAUCCGUCAGAACUUGGGAGUGUGUCCACAACACAAUGUCCUCUUCAGCAUGUUGACGGUAGAAGAGCACAUUUGGUUUUACGCUCGUCUAAAGGGCCUAUCAGAGGAGAAAGUGAAGUCUGAGAUUGAUCAGUUUGUUAAAGAUUUAGGCCUCCCUCACAAACGCAAAUCUCGCACUAGUCAGCUUUCAGGAGGAAUGCAAAGGAAGCUCUCGGUUGCGUUGGCGUUUGUCGGCGGUUCGAAAGUCGUGAUCCUGGAUGAACCUACAGCUGGGGUUGAUCCGUAUGCUCGGAGGGGCAUCUGGGAUCUCCUGCUCAAGUAUCGUCAAGGUCGAACCAUCAUCCUCUCGACCCACCACAUGGAUGAGGCGGAUAUUUUGGGUGACCGCAUUGCCAUUAUCUCUCAUGGGAAGCUGUGUUGUGUGGGAUCCUCCCUUUUCCUAAAGACUCAACUGGGCACGGGAUACUACCUAACACUGGUCAAGAGAGAUUUGGACUUGUCUCUAAGCUCAUGUCGAAACUCCAGCAGCACCGUAUCCUAUUCCAAGAACAGUCUCAAGAAGGAUGACAGCGUCUCUGAAAGCAGUUCUGAUGCCGGCCUUGGCAGUGACCACGAGAGUGAAACUACCACCAUCGACAUCUCCCUGAUCUCCAACAUCAUCUUCAAGCACGUUCCCACAGCCAGGCUGGUGGAGGAUCUAGGUCAUGAGAUCACAUAUGUGCUUCCUUAUGAAGCAGCAAAGGACGGUGCUUUUGUGGAGCUUUUCCAUGAGAUCGACGAUCGUCUCAUUGACCUCAGCAUCUCCAGCUAUGGAAUUUCAGACACCACGCUCGAGGAGAUCUUCUUGAAGGUUGCGAAGGAUAACGGCGUCGACGCUGUAACCUCGGAUGGUACGAUUCUUCCAAGAAGGCAUCGCCGGCAUGCAUUUGGUGACCAUCAGAGCUGUCUGAAGCCCUUCACUGAAGAUGACAGCUUUGAUAUAAAUGAUUCUGAAGGUGAUCCAGAAUCCCGUGAGACGGAUUGGUUAGGGGUUUCUGAUGGAAAAGGCUCGUAUCAAGUCAAAGGUUGGAGUUUAAAGAGACAGCAGUUUGUGGCUUUGCUUUGGAAACGUUUCCUGUACGCACGUCGCUCUAGGAAAGGAUUCUUUGCGCAGAUUGUACUUCCAGCUGUGUUCGUUUGCAUUGCCCUGGUCUUCAGUUUAAUUGUACCACCAUUUGGAAAGUAUCCGAGCCUGGAGCUGGAGCCCAGCAUGUAUGAGGAGCAGUUUACCUUCAUCAGUAACGAUGCACCGGAGGACACGCACGCUAACAAGCUACUCGGCUCGUUAACGGACAGUCCGGCCUACAGGGGGAGGUGUUCGGAUGAUGGGAAAUCUGGAGACGGGUCGUGCCCUAUCGAAGAAAACGCAUGGACUGUUCCAAAGGUUCCCAAGACCAUAUCAGACAUUUUUCAGAAUGGAAACUGGAGCAUGGAAAACCCAUCACCUCUGUGUGAGUGCAGCUGUGAGAAGAAGAAGAAGAUGCUUCCAGAGUGUCCUCCGGGGGCAGGAGGCCUUCCACCACCACAGAUUAAAGUCAGCAGUUUGAACACACUGCAGAAUCUAACAGGGAGGAAUAUUUCUGACUAUCUGGUCAAAACCUACGCACAGAUUAUAGGAAAAAGUUUAAAGAACAAACUCUGGGUGAACGAGUUCAGAUACGGUGGCUUCUCAUUGGGUGCCAAGAGUUUACAAGGCCUGCCUCCUUCAGACGAGAUCUCCAUGGCCAUCGCUCACAUGCGUGUUCGUUUCAACUUAGACAGAGGCACUGCAGCAGACAGGUUCCUGAGAGGUUUAUCAAGCUUCAUCAACAACAUGGACACCAAGAACAAUGUCAAGAUCUGGUUCAAUAACAAAGGGUGGCACAGCAUUGCUGCUUUCCUCAACGUGAUGAACAACGGUAUCCUGCGUGCCAGCCUGCCUGCUGGGCUAAACCCGGCCAAAUUUGCUAUCAAAGCUUUUAACCAUCCACUAAACCUCACUAAAGAGCAGCUCUCUCAGGUGGCCUUGAUGACCACCUCAGUCGAUGUUCUGGUCUCCAUCUGCGUUAUCUUUGCUAUGUCCUUCGUCCCGGCCAGCUUUGUGGUCUUCCUCAUCCAGGAGAGAGUAAAUAAAGCCAAACACAUGCAAUUCAUCAGCGGAGUUCAGCCGCUUCUCUACUGGCUCGCAAACUUUGUGUGGGAUAUGUGUAACUACAUUGUCCCCGCAACCCUCGUCAUCAUCAUCUUCGUGUGCUUCCAGCAGGAGGCCUACGUCUCCUCCACCAACCUUCCUGUCCUUGCUCUUCUUUUACUGCUUUAUGGCUGGUCCAUAACUCCUCUGAUGUACCCAGCAUCGUUCUUCUUUAAGAUCCCCAGCACGGCUUACGUGGUCCUAACCAGCGUCAACAUUCUCAUAGGAAUCAACGGCAGUGUCUCCACCUUCGUCCUGGAGCUUUUUGGCAGCAAUGAGACUGGUGGCAUCAAUGACAUUUUGAAAAACGUCUUCCUGAUCUUCCCUCACUUCUGCUUGGGACGAGGCCUGAUCGAUAUGGUGAAGAACCAGGCCAUGGCUGAUGCUCUGGAGAGAUUCGGUGAGAAUCGCUUCCGUUCUCCUCUGGCGUGGGACAUGGUGGGAAAGAACCUCUUCGCUAUGGCAGUGGAAGGCGUGGUCUUCUUCUGUAUCACAGUGCUCAUACAGUAUCGCUUCUGCAUCAAGUCCAGAGGCUAUAGUGCUCAUCUGAAGCCGAUCACCGAGGAGGAUGAGGAUGUGGCCAGAGAGAGGCAAAGGAUUCUGGGUGGAGGUGGACAGAAUGAUAUCCUGGAGCUCAGAGGGCUGACCAAGGUCUAUAAGAGAAAGCAGAAACCAGCAGUGGACAGAUUGUGUGUGGGAAUUCCACGUGGAGAGUGUUUUGGAUUGCUUGGUGUUAAUGGUGCUGGCAAGACGAGUACCUUCAAGAUGCUGACUGGAGAUUCGGUCAUCACGAGCGGAAAGGCUUAUUUAGCUGGAAAGAGCGUAUUGACCGAGAUCAACGAGGUGCAUCAGAACAUGGGAUACUGUCCUCAGUUUGACGCCAUCAACGACCUUCUGACCGGCCGAGAGCACCUGGAGUUUUACGCCAUUUUACGUGGCGUCCCAGAAAAAGAAGUGUGUGAGGUGGCAGAGUGGGGAAUCCGCAAACUGGGUCUGGUGAAAUAUGUGGACAAAUCGGCAGGAAGCUACAGCGGAGGAAACAUGCGCAAACUCUCCACGGCCAUCGCUCUGAUCGGAGGCCCACCAGUGUUGUUCCUGGACGAACCCACAACUGGUAUGGACCCCAAAGCACGACGUGCUCUGUGGAACUGUAUCCUCGGCAUCAUUAAAGAGGGACGUUCCGUCCUUCUUACCUCACACAGUAUGGAGGAGUGUGAGGCUCUGUGCACUCGCAUGGCCAUUAUGGUCAAUGGCAGGUUCCGUUGCCUUGGCAGUGUUCAGCACCUAAAGAACAGGUUUGGUGAUGGCUACACGAUCAUCCUGCGCGUGGCAGGUUCUGAACCUUGUCUAGAGCCGGUGAUGGAGUUGAUCGAGCAGGAGUUACCAGGCAGCACUCUGAAGGAGAAACACAGGAACAUGCUGCAGUACCAGCUUCCAUCAUCGCUCACCUCACUGGCCAAGAUCUUCAGCAUCCUGUCCAAGAACAAAGAGCAGCUCCACAUUGAGGACUACUCUGUCUCACAGACCACACUAGACCAAGUUUUCGUGAAUUUCGCCAAGGACCAAAGUGACGAGGACCACAUCAAAGACAUUUCCGUGAACCAGAGCGAUGCCGUAGUGGACUUUUCCCAUUUGGAUGCUUUUCUCACGGACGCUAAAGCACAGGAGACUGUGGUGUGAUCUGUCUUAGAUGUUCCGAGAUCCAUUUUUUUGUAAUGACUAAUUUAAUUUUUAAUAUAUUUUUUAGUAUUUUUUUGUUCAGUUUUCAGUGGUGUUUGUGCCCACAAGAGGGCACUGGACCUCCGACACACUACUGAAUCCAGACUCAAUGCAAAUCAAUGCAAAAAAUAAUCCAUUUGGAUGCCGACGAGGUCGUGCCUGGUGCCGCUUCUCCGCAUCGCAACGUUAACGCGUGUAAAAAAAAAACUUGAUACUUGAACAGUAUUUUAUAUAAAUGUUCUCUUUAGGGUUCUACUCGGUUCCACUCAGACACUGCCAGUUAUGUGCAUGAUUCAGGGUCAAACUUCAUCUCUCUUUCCAGCGCAGGACAUUUUUCUUUUAAACUCUGCUACAACAGGAACUUAGGACACAACCUUCUUGAGAACAUCUGCUGUGUGUAAGUGUUACCUGCUUUAGAAACGAGCUUCACAGAGAGCGAACCGACGUUCCUAAGCAUGUUCUUGAGAGUUGGUGCUGGUGUGUAGCCUUGUGUCACAUCCCUGAUACAGUUUUUAUACUGAAACGUAAAUAAAAGCUCAAAUAAAAAACUGGAGAAGGUUGAUAGAUUAAAUAUUGUAUAAAGAUCAUGAUGCAUUUUGUGCCAAACUGAGAUCUUGUCCGAAAGUGAACUUUGUGGAGUUCCUUGGAUAUUUAACACUGCACGUGCCGUGGACGGUGAUGUUCAUGCAGUAGUUUUUAACACGUGUGUGUUUCUUGACUUUGAUAUGGAGUUUUAAUCUCUACACUUCUGUACCAUCAUGUUUAAUGUGCAAUUUAUACAAACAGCCACAUGCAAAUUUUAAACGAAGGAUAAAACUCAGGAUUUGAUGCGUUCUCUAUUUCAUAAACUCUUUGCACCCUUUCACUUUCAAUUCCUCGUGCAUCAGCGAUCCUAAAAAACCCUGAUGGAGACUUCAGGCCAUUUGUUUCCAGCCUGGAGUUAAAACCGUGACCAAAAAUGCCACCAAAAACGUAAUUUGGUGCUUUAAGAUUCAAUUCCCUUACAGAAAAAAAAAUCGAAUCAGAUGAUAAUAAAGAUGAUGAUGGAAUAAUAUUUAGCUCAUUGUUCCAACAUGGAAGCACUUUAUAACAGUCUCUGCUGAGCUGUAGGUUUCUUUUUGUUUGUCCUCAACAUUUACACUUUUUAGUUGAACAGAUGUUUAAACAUCUCACUCUGCUCAUUUUGUGUUAAAUUAUGUGUUUUACACUUUAAGUAUUAAAAUCUAUAUUAAUGUUACGUCUUUUCUGUACUUAUAUGAAUAAAAACAUUUUGUCUGUA